AUGCUCUCGCUGCGCGCGAAGGGCUACGACGGCUGCGUCCGCGUGCCGCUGGGCCCGGCCGGCGACUUUUACUUCCUGCUGUCGCCCGAAUCGGUCAAGCACGUGUGCGUCGAGGCGGCCGACGAGUGGCCGCGCCGAUUCAGCGUGCCCCUAUUCGAGACGUUGGCGCUGGACCGCGGCAUCGUCUACGAGCAAGGCUCACGGCAUAAACGCCAAAAGCGGCUCUGCACUCCGGCGUUCGAGCGGGGCGCGGCGAUGGCGUCGUUCCUCCAAGCGAUUAGUCUAGAGAGCGACGCCCUGGCCGCGCGUUGGCGGUGUUUGAAUAGAUUAGACCUCUACGCCGAGACGCGGACUUUAACAUUGAGGGUGGUCCUGCGCGUCACGUUCGGCCUCGAGCCAGACGACGCCGACGCGGAGCUGAGCGAUGCCAUCGCGUCCUAUUUGGAGGCCAUCGUCGCGACGGCGAACGAGGUGCCGCCCCUGUACCAGCUCUACCCGCCGCUGAGCAAGAAUUAUGUCCGGGUGACCGAGGAGCUGCUCCCGCGGCUCCGGCGGCUGGUGAAGGAGCUGAUUGAAGCGCGACGGCGCGACGCCGCCGCCGACGCGCCGGACCUCCUCUCGCAGUUGCUGCGGGACGGGACGCUGGACGACGACGACAUCCUCUACAUUCUUUUUGACUUGGUCAUCGCCGGGAGCGACACGACGGCGUCGACGCUCGCCGCGUCCUUGUAUAUUCUCCACGAGCCGCGGCACGCGCGGCUCCUGGAACGCGCCGUCGACGAGGCGCGGCGCGCGGAUCUGGAGGGUUUGAGAUUGGAGGAGGUCCGCGACGCGCUGCCCUACCACGUCGCCGUCGCGCGCGAGACGCUGCGGCUGUACCCGCCGGUGCCCUUCGUCGGCCGGACGGCGCUCUCGGCUUGCGACGUGCUCGGGACGCCCGCGCCCGAGGGCGCCGUCGCGUGCUUUUCGCCGUACGCCCUCGGCCGCGACCCCGGGCGCUGGGGUGUUGACGCGGACGAGUUCCGGCCCGAGCGCUGGCUCGACUCGGAGCGGGGCGGCGCGGAUUCGUCGUUCUCCUUUUUGCCGUUCGGCGCCGGGCCGCGCGGCUGCCUCGGGACGCGCCUCGGCCUGACGGAGGCCGUCGUGGGCGUGGCGAAGAUAUUGAGGGGCUUCUCGCUGCGCUUCGACCGGUCGGGGCCGCUGCGGUACAAGUACGACCUCACGCUGAAUUUGGGGGACUCGACGACUUGUAGUGUGCGCGAGCGGCGGGCUUAA